UCUGUAACAUCUUCUAAGCUGUUUUUAUUUAUUUUCCUAGAGCAGCAUGCUCCUAAGUGUUUCAUUCAUUAUAUAAUUGAUUUGUAACACAGCUGCACAGGAUAGCAAAAAUAAUUCUGUUUGUACCACAAAAGAAAACUUGCCUCACAGCAGCAAGCCCUCUUGUAAUAAUAAUAUUUUGUUUAUUUGAUUUGUCCAAGCUAACUGAGCCGAGAACUUUCCGUACGCAGCGGUAGAUUCGCAUGCCCUAACUUUUUUUCUUUACAUCGAAGCAGACAAAACAGCAUGUCAUUGACAAGUCAGACUCACAGGUGAGACCGAUUGCCAUGGAGAUGUGAGUACAGACUCUGUACUUGAACAGCAUCCAAAAGAAGACCGACGCCGGUGAGUUGAAAACACUCGAAAACCAGACACACUUCACACGCACCCAGUGUCUGCUGAGCAUUUAAAAAAUAUAUGGAAUGAGUAAUUGUGUUAUUUCUGACAACAACCUCUGUAACAAAUGUGUCACACACACAAGGAUGUGUUCGAACAUGUCUCGCUUUCUCAGUGAAGGAAAUUCAUUCAGCAAUGCUCAAAGCACUUGGCCCUGGUUACCAGUGCCAAAAAAGGGAGCAGGCAAGGAGAAAGAGUCAUGGAUAAGGAGGAGGAAAAUAAGGGUGUUGAGAGGGAGGGGGCACUUCUCUGUUGGGAACAAAAGGGGAUGCAGUGAAACCAGUUCUCUUCAGAGAGGAAUCAGCGGAGGAGUGCAAGACGUUUGGGAGAGAAAAAAAGAUUUGAGGCAACCAAACACUACAAGAAUUUCAUUUUCUAGAGAAUCAAAAUGCAGAACAUUACACUCGUCCUGCUGACCUUGCUUGUGGACUUCUUGUUGGCUGCCUCUGUGACCCCAUUAGCAUCUCGGCCUCCUAUCACAAAAACCCGUAUCCGCUAUAUCAGUGUAGACUAUGACGAUGGUGAUGAAGAAACCCCCAAACCUAGUUCAAAAGUCCCUGAAAAGGCUGGGGCCACUACCACUCAGUUUAUCCCUCGGGAGUGUGAAUAUGACCCCUGUGUGGUUCCCAAGGUUCCCUGUUCUGUAAUUGCUGCCCAAACUAAGUGCUACUGUCCUGGAAUUAGUGGUCCGGGCGAGCUGCCCUCAGCUCCAGAGAUCAAGGAGCUGAAACGGGGAGCGCAUGGACUGGUUGAGGUCCAUUGGUGUGCACCACAGUCCACAGUCACCUACUACAAAGUCAUCACAGAAGAAGGCCACGAACCACAAAUUUUCAGCAAUACUUCCCGUACUGGUUCGGUGAAUGGAGUAAAGGUUGGGUCACGAGUUUGUGUGGUGGCAGGAAAUAACAUCGGAUUCAGCACUGAAUCAGAAACAUCAUGUGCUCUCUUUGACCCUCAUAAGUCCAGUCAGGGCUUCCAGAUGUCAUGGGUCAUUGCCGGGGCCAUCGGACUUUUGGUGCUUGCAUUGGUGAUGGCUGUGGUGUUGUUCUGGAGAUGGAGGAGGGGUAGGAAGAAUGCGAAUGUGGAUGAAGAGGGACUACGAAAUCCAUCCUACACUACAAAUGAAACACUGUGACUGGAUGGGAUAAAAUUCAAGUUACCCAAUUAGAGGUGUAAGAGGCCAGAUUUUAGUGAGUAGGCUUUGGGGAAGGCUUCUAGAAGAAUUAUCAAACAUAUGCUCUGUUAAACAGUACUGUUAAAAAUAUAUGAGGCAUGGUCAAAGGGAUGGUGGGGAGAGCUUGAGGGCAAUACAAACAAAUCAGUACUAAGAAACGAUUUCAAACACCAUGGACAUGGGUCAAAUUUAAAGCCCUACCAAGGAAGGUUUGACUGCAAGUAAGAACAUUAAUCAUGUAAGACUCAACAGUCCUCAUUUAAGGGUAUGAUUGACAUAGAAGACUUCAGUGUCUAUAGCCAUCAGGUUAGUUAAUACAAGUUGGGAGAAACUGAAAAGACACAGGGGUAGAGAUAGUUUGGGCUCUCAUAACAAUAGCUUAGACCAGUGGUCAAAUCAUUAAUCCACAAAGGAGCCACACUUAAUUCCACUUCUUAAACCAGUUCAUAUUGGUUCCCAAUCAACUAACAAGUGUACCUCCUAUCUGAAUGGAAUCGAAGUCUGUGGACAAAUAAGUAGCCUAAACAACUAAUUUGUUUAAGCUAUUUGAUUGUUAUUCACAAGUAGGUUUGUUAUAUAACUCUCUUGCUAGCUUACGCAAUCAUGUCAUUAAAGACACACUAUCCCGACUUAAAUAAUGCAUGUUCGUGUGAAGAACAGAACACUGCAGCUCAUAGUCAAAAUGUUGCCCAUGGACUUCUGGUCAAGGUCCAAAUGACAAUGUGCUACAUUAGAUACUUGUUCGUUUCCAUUAGUCUUUAUUAAUCCACUUUUUAUCCUUUUCAGUUUGGUUUCUAGACAACUAAACCAUAGGGCUGGAGCUUUUAAUUGCAUCCUGAGCAAGUGAGCGAGUUUAUGAUUUGUCCAGCUUUUUUGUACACAGCUUUCAAUGGUUAUCACAUCAACCAUAAGUACAAGUUAAUUGAAAGAGCAGCAAAAGCUCUUUGGAGGUGAUGGACAAAUUACAAAGUCCACAGAAACACUCUUUUUAAUCACCGUUCCAAGAGACUCCAUUCAUUGGGAAUUGAUGCACUGCAGUCUGACCAUGAAAGAAGCUCGAGGGUAAUAUGCCUGUGGAGAUUGGGUCAGGACCUGAAGAACAAAUCAACAUGGACUAUUAAAUAAAAAAAAAUUAAUAAAAAUUAAAGCGAGCAGCAGAAGAGAGCUGAGAACUGAAAUAACCUAAUGUACCCCUGUGUUGGCAACUGAACACUUAGCAACCCUUCUUACAGCUAGUCAACAUGUUACAUAAGUUUUACAGGUAUUUUAAAUUGUAGUCUUUUUAUUUUUUACAGAUUAAUUCCACUAAUGGUGCUGGAACAUCAAGGAAGCCUGGAGCUUCUGUAAAGCUUUAUAGAUUUUUGUAUUCACAUAGAAAUGCAAUUAUUUUUUUUUUUUGUAAUAAUAAAAUCUUGAAAACGAAACGA